GCUGGUUGCCUCUGGCCUGCUUUAGAGGAUGGAGGUAGAGAGUGGCCAGCUGCUACCAGCCUCUGACCCCUGUCCUCCUCUGUACCCCAGCUUUCAUUCCCCUGCGCCAUGGGACGAAGAAAGUCCAAACGGAAGCCGCCUCCCAAAAAGAAGAUGACAGGCACCCUGGAGACCCAGUUCACUUGCCCCUUCUGCAACCACGAGAAGUCCUGUGACGUGAAAAUGGACCGUGCUCGCAAUACUGGAGUCAUCUCCUGUACCGUGUGCCUAGAGGAAUUCCAGACACCCAUCACGUAUCUCUCAGAACCAGUGGAUGUGUACAGCGACUGGAUAGAUGCCUGCGAAGCAGCCAAUCAGUAGCAGUGUCAUGGACCUGCCCCUCCACAGCCCCCACCUGGGUACCAAUCCAGAGACAUUCCAGGGCACCGGGGUGCAGGUCCAG